GAACUCCUUAAACAUAAACAACAAUACAGGGAACAAUACGGCGAUACGAAAUGUUUACUUUUCAGAAUUUUGACGAAGUCUUCGACUUUGAUCCAGGCUGUUCAUACGAUGAGAACGCCGUGCGAAAAAUCGAGAGCAAUCGUAAGAAGCUCGAAGGGUUAUUCGUGGACACUUUACUGAAGAAUUUUGAAAUUCGUCGACCUGUUAAAUACUAUCCACCGAAAUCUAAUAGUGACCUUCGAAAUCUACACAAGGUUAUCAUCGACUCAGCCGGCGAAGAUCAUCACAAACUAUCAGCUCUGUACUAUAUACUGCUCGAUUUUGACGCUCCAACCAGACGCAGAGACUACUCCACCACAUUUGAACAAAAGUCGUUUUUACCUCAAAGCUACCAAAUCUAUAUGAAAGGUCUCUGGCAUCUGGACAAUCUUGAUUUUGAGUUGGCUCUUCAAUAUCUGACCCAUCCAUCUCUGAUACCGAGCUUUGCGGAUGAAAUCUUAGAAGCCCUCGUGUUGCAUUCUUCAGAUGAUCUCGCAAUUCCAUUAGCAUACUAUCAUACCGUACAGCCAGCUUUGACUUCAUCCCGUGCAACAGAAAGUUUGUAUUCUGCUAUCGCAAGAACAAGUGUCACAGAAGCCUUCUACUUCUCACGAGGACAAUCGCAAUACAUGCAACGACACAUGUUCGAACUCUUGAUCGCGACCGUUCUCAAAAACUCUCCCCCAGAAACUAUCGCGGAUCGCAGUGUUGAACUAGUGAAUUUACCAUUGUCACUUGAAGAAGAAGCUUGGUUCGAGGACUAUUUACUUCGCGGAGAAGGAAGGGCAAUAAGAAAGGCUCGGGAUACGAUAAUGAUGCGACGAAUUGGCACUGGGAAAUUCUCGGAAACUUUAUCACUAAAAGGCAUUGGUAGCAGAUCAAUUGGUGGAUUAGAUUGGGAACGCUUGUCUGCAGCUGUGAAGGAAGGACUUGGGCCAAGAAUUGAUGUAUGAAAGAGAAGGGCGAGGCAUGUACAUCUACAUUUCAAAGAUACCAACAUAGCGUUAUGGAGUUAAUUGGGGAGUUGCGAUAGGCUCUGAUUUGAUGAACAUGUAAUUAUUUUAUUUUGAUGUAGAUUUUUACUCAUUUCAACUUGUGACAAUCAAUUUUCAAAUUAACCGUGUCGACGCGUUUAACUACCA